AUGUAAAGCGAAUAAAACAGCGGCCAGUACCCUCAAUUUAACUAAGACUAAACUACUUUAGACACUUCAAGUCUUCUCUUCGAGGUAAACUGCCCUCCGACAAACCUGGUCUAUAUUGAUAAAAAUACUUUUAUCCAAUAGUAGCAAUAACCUUAAUAGCAGGAAUCAACCUAAAAUUUGACCUUAAACUAAAAUUUGAGCAGAAUGGAAUAGGGAAUGAAUUAAAAACUUAGAAAUAUAUUCAAAAUGGGAGAAUCCUCAUGGUCAGACUUUUUUGCCUUUGAGGAUGGAGUCAUCUCUUUUUCAUUGAAGAAAAUGACUAUCAUUUUCAGUAUUCUAGCGGAUCUACUCUUUUUAAUGAUUGCGUGGAUGGCUUGCUCAAAAGGUGAAGUGCAGUGCAAUAAUACGACUUGGCCAAUGAUCAGUGACAUAUUAGCUCUAAGACCCUACGACAGACUCUUUAUUUUCAUGACCACAAUUUACACUCUUGGAAUCAUGCAAAUCAACAUGAGAGCCUGGUUUAAAAAGGUCUAUGGCCUUAUCCCAAACAAAAGCAAUGACAGAAUCCUCUGGAUUGGACUUCCUGCUUGUAUUGCUCUUCCACUUAUUGGAAUCUUUGAUGAGAAAGCUUACAGACCAAUUCACUACUUGGCUGCAGGCACUUUCUUUUCAUGCUUUACUCUUUAUGGUGUGUGGCUUUCAGAUGCUAUGUACGACAAUAUUGAGAACUUCCCUGAAUCAGACAGAAACAGCAUCAGAAUCUUAAAGAGAAACGUGAAUGGUAUUUUCUACUCUUGUAUACUUAUGAUACUUAGUACCUUCACCUUCGGUACUAAUGGUCGUAUCACUCCAGGACUUGAGUGGUUCACAGCCUUAUAUGUCAUAAAUUUCUAUGCCAUAAUGGCCUACACAAAUCCAUUCUAUGAUUCAAUCCACAUUCCCAAGAAAAAUGAAGAGGAGCAAGCCAAAGCUAUCUAAGCUGCUAAAAUCUAAAUUGUUUGA